AUGGGAAAAAGUUAAGGGGUCUGAAUACUUUCCGAAUACUUUUUAUUUAAAAAGAAAAUUACAAAAACUGCUUUGUGGUUUUAACUUUAGCUGACAUAAAGCUGUGAAAUGUUCAUUAUUUUUGACCUGUUUUUUUCUGUCCUCCAUUGAGUUAGUCACCCUAAUUUUGGCCAUCCUACAAGGGUAAAAACUCCAAUAACUUUUCAAUGAAUUAUGAUAACGACAUGAGGUUUGGACCAUUGGUUUUCUUAGAGGAUUAUCUACACAUUGGUCAAAAUAUACAUUUUUGAUUGGACACCCUACUAUAUGAAAAGGACAACUAAACAAUAUCACCCAGUAGGCUUUAACUCCUCCAGAUGCUUUUGAUGUUGAUGAGUGAUGACAUUUUAUACUUUAUUGCAGGAUAAGGAAAGGGAUGAAGACCUUUCAGACUCUAGGGAGAAACUCACCUUUUCUGACAAACACUUUGAAGACAAGCAGUUGAGGAUUUUGGUGGGGUUUAUUUUUGUACUAUUUUUGGUACCCUUUAUUCUUCAAUUGGGAACUUCAGUCCUCAAAACGUACUUAGUAUUUAUUUUUCAUAUAACAACCUUGGUGUUCAGGUCAAGUCUAAGGUACUUGUUCUCUCUCUGCGUGUGUCAGGACGAACUUUCUACAAACAAUGAUCCCUCAACAAUGCAGUUUAAAAAAAUACGGAUAAGAAGGAGAAAUAAAAGUAACAAGUAAUUAAAGAGCAGCAGUAAAAUAACAAUAGCAAGACUAUAUACAGGGGGAUACCGGUACAGAGUCAAUGUGCGGGGGCACAGGUUAGUUGAGGUAAUAUGUACAUGUCGGUAGAGUUAUUAAAGUGACUAUGCAUAGAUGAUAACAACAGAGAGUAGCAGCGGUGUAAAAGAGGGGGAGAGGGGGUCAAUGCAAAUAGUCUGGGUAGCCAUUUGAUUAGAUGUUCAGGAGUCUUAUGUCUUGGGGGUAGAAGCUGUUUAGAAGCCUCUUGGACCUAGACUUGGCGCUCCGGUACCGCUUGCAGUGCGGAAGCAGAGAGAACAGUCUAUGACUAGGGUGGCUGGAGUCUUGACAAUUUUUAGGGCCUUCCUCUGACACCACCUGUUAUAGAGGUCCUGGAAGGCAGGAAGCUUGGCCCCAGUGAUGUACUGAGCCGUACACACUACCCUCUGUAGUGCCUUACGGUCAGAGACCGAGCAAUUUCCGUACUAGGCAGUGAUGCAACCAGUCAGGAUGCCCUCGAUGGUGUAGCUGUAGAACCUUUUGAGGAUCUGAGUACCCAUGCCAAAUCUUUUCAGUCUCCUGAGGGGGAAUAAGUUUUGUCGUGCCCUCUUCACGACUGUCUUGGUGUGCUUGGAACAUGUUAGUUUGUUGGUGAUGUGGACACCAAGGAACUUGAAGCUCUCAACCUGCUCCACGACAGCCCUGUCGAUGAGAAUGGGGGCAUGCUCGGUCCACUGGCACCAUACGCCCACGUCUCUGACCUCCUCCCUAUAGGCUGUUGCGUCGUUGUCGGUGAUCUGGCCUGCCACUGUUGCGUCAUCGGCAAACUUAAUGGUGUUGGAGUCGUGCCUGGGCAUUCAGUCAUGAGUGAACAGGGAGUACAGGAGGGGACUGAGCACGCACCCCUGAGGGGCCCCUGUGUUGAGGAUCAGCGUGGCGGAUGUGUUGUUACCGACCCUUACCACCUGGGGGCUGUCUUUCAGGAUGUCCAGGAUCCAGUUGCAGAGGGAGGUGUUUAGUCCCAGGGUCCUUAGCUUAGUGAUGAGCUUUGGGGGCACUAUGGUGUUGAACACUGAGCUGUAGUCAAUGAAUAUCAUUCUCACAUAGGUGUUCCUUUUGUCCAGGUGGGAAAGGGCAGCUGUGCUUCCCUUUGUAGUCUGUAAUGGUUUGCAAGCCCUGCCACAUCCGACGAGCGUCGGAGCCGGUGUAGUACGAUUCGAUCUUUGCCUGUUUUAUGGCUAUUCAAUCUUCUUUUGUUUUAGGGUGGCAUAAUGGGGAAGUUGUUCAGGAAUCCAUUUAACUCCUCAACUCAGGAUAAGGAGAGGACUGAAGACACAUCAAGAUCAAGGGACAAACUAACGUCAUCUGAUAAACAUUCCAAUGCCAAAGAUGUCAAAAGCAAUCUUAUCCAGAGAGAUAGGAAGGAAGGAACUGAAAUGCCAGCAGUUGCACCUAGACCCACUGAAGAGGAGCUGAAGGGUACAGCCUUACACGACCGACUGAAGAAGAGAGAGAUGGGCGACAAUCAGCUAAUUCAGGCUAACAGGAAUAUGAUCCCGAGAGAGAGGACAGGGAAAACUGCUGGAACUCCAGAGGUUCCUCCCAGACUCACAGAAGAGGACCAAUCUGAUGGUCCUAAAGAGGGUGAAUCUCUCCUCACUGGGGAAAAAGAGAGAGAAGACAAGGACGGAGAGGCCAAGAUGAAAAAACCUAGGCGACACAAUCCGUUCAUGCCACGCGGUGCAGGAGGCAAGGGUAAAGCCAUGCCGAAGCAGGUUGAAACCCAGCCGGGAGCUACAGGCAGUGACUCAAAAGAGAAUGACGGUGGAAAUAAAUCUUUAUUCGACCAAUUGGAGGAAUUCCGUGUUAAUCCGGCAGAGCCAGAGGAGCAGCAGGAUAUGGAUGGCCUGAUGGACUGGUGGGGCACAGUGGAGCAGUGGGAAGACAUGCCUCAAGAUGAUGACUUGACUGAAAAAGAGGAGGCCAAGGCGUUUGCAGUGACAGCUGAGAAGGUGCAGAAAGGUAUCCGUGUGUUCAACAAGCUGUUCUCAGAGCGUGCAGAGAGCCUGUGGCAGCACGUCAUUGACCUGAACAGCAUCGCAGAUGCCCUCGACUGCUUCAACAAGAAGACCAAGAUCGCCCAAAUCACUGGCGGCUCCACCAGCGCUGUAGGAGGCGUGUGUACCAUUGUAGGCCUCGCCCUGGCCCCUGUCACCAUGGGAACCUCUCUAAUCGUCACAGCGGUGGGACUGAGCGUGGCCACAGCGGGUGGCCUAACCUCAGCCGGAGCUGGACUCUCCAACACGGUCAACAACUCCAUGGACCGUAAGAAGGUGGAGGCCAUCGUGACGGACUACCAGAAGAAGAUGACCGACAUCAACAAGUGCAUGCUGUUCAUCAAGCAAGGGAUUGAGAGCCUGCGCAGGUUCGAUCUGCUGAAGAUGAAAAAGCACGCGUACAACCGUGACUUCCCGGGCCUCAACAACAUCUAUGAGGACGGUGCCAUGGCUGGGAAGGCCAUCCUCAUCAACGCCAACGAGAUCAUGCGUGUGGUGCAGAUAGCCAACGUGGCUGGCAGCACUGCGGCCAGAGCUGUCCAGAUUGCCAGCAUGGCCACCGGAGUGCUCACCGGCCUCUUUGUGGGCAUGGACAUCUACUUUGUGGCCAAGGACUCCAAGGAGCUGAAGAAGGGAGCCAAGUCUGAGUUUGCUGCCAAGAUCAGGGAGGUGGCGACCCAGCUGCAUGAUGGACUGGUGGAGCUUAAUGGCAUACGGGUUGAGCUGCAGUCCACAGAUCCAGACAACACCAAUGGCACCAACACCCCAGACAGUACCAAUAAUCGGAAAAAGCUGGACAGUGAUGACGAUACAGACAAUUAUAAAACUUCUGACAGCAAAAGCAUUGUUAAUAACAGCAAUACUGCAGAUAAGUCAUAAGACCAGCAAAGCCUAAACUAUACUUCAUUCCAACCCAUCUACAACUACACAAACUAUCCUGUCAGCAUUAAAACGACUAGAAGCCGGAACUCUGAGGAUAUGAUUCAUAUGUCUCUCUUUGAUGGCACAAGCACCAAUGCCUGAAACUUUUGUUUUACAUAGACGGUGCAUAGGCAGGUGAAAAGAUGACAUCACCAGUCACCACUGGCUAGGGUGAAGAAUUAUUAUUAAAACUGUAAUAUCUGGGGAAAUUAUAUGUUGUACGACAAGCCCAUCUCCACAUUUUGUAAUUGUAGAUGUGUGCAUUGAGCCUGCCUUGACAACAUUAUCUACAGUACGUUAUGAAAAGUAAGGGUUGUGAGCUAAAGCAAUUUGUUCGUGGAGGCAGGAAACUGUUCAGAGAUGAGGUUACAAAAAUGUUAAAAAUACAUUCUCAACGACAUUAUUGAAGGAAUCAUGCGAACAUCUUUUCCUCAGAGCCAAAUGUAAAAGCCAAACAUAAUAUUUUCAAAUUCAGUCAAAUACGUAUUUUGAUGGUUUAGAUUAUUCAUAGGCUAUGUAUUUACAGUAUGAAGGGUAGGGGUUUAGUCACUAUUUGAAUCCUGUAACGAUUGUCCUCCUCCUCUUCGUCUGAAGAGGAGGAGUAUGGAUUGUACCAAAACGCAGCAUUGUGAUACGACAUAAUGAAUUUAUUAAAUUAAAGACGAACCACGAAGAACACUUGAAUAACUUACAAAAUUAAAGUAGACAGACCUGAACUAGAGAACUUACAUAUACACGAAGAACGCACAAACAGGUACAGACUACAGAAAUGAACGAACAAACGAAACAGUCCCGUGUGGUGCACAUACACAGACACGGAAGACAACCACCCACAAACAAACAGUGUGAACAGCCUACCUUUAUAUGGUUCUCAAUCAGAGGAAAAGUCAAACACCUGUCUCUGAUUGAGAACCAUAUAAGGCUAAUUACAAAUGACCUAAACAUAGAAACACAAAACAUAGAAUGCCCACCCCAACUCACGUCCUGACCAACUAAACACAUACAAAAAUAACAGAAAACAGGUCAGGAACGUGACAAAUCCUAUGAGUAUUGCUUGUUACAUUGCUUUGUUUUAUUUUUAGGUUGGUAGGGGAAUAUUAGUUCAUAUUGAAACAUUCAGGUUUUUAUUAAGUCUAAUUUGUAUUUUAGAUUAGGAAUGUAUGUUCUAUUACUGUUGAGUGCCUUCCUCAUUUAUAUGAUGCCUUUCAAGCACUUUAGGAUUAUUCUAUUUCCCUGUCUCGGGUUAAAACUAUAAUUUUGAUAUCAUGGAUGGUCAGUCCUUGCAUCUUUAGCUCCGUCUAUGGAUUUGAGAGUGGUUACAUAUGUCCAGGCUCCUCUCUCAGCUUUAACCAAAACAGAGGCAGGGUGGCCAAUUUGUUAUUGUUUCAUAUAAGGAUUCUAGCUUUAAUUCUAUGAAUUUUUUGGGUACUUUUUCAUUGGUCAACUUAAGUAGUUUUUUUGUAUUUAUUUAAAGAUAUAUGAAAUGUAAUAAGUUGCC